UGCUAUGCUCUAUGCCUUAAAUUAAAACUGAAAACUGUCAAAUAGUUGAAAAUAACCUGAUCAUUUCUAUUUUAAUUAUAUCAAAAUAAUCAAACAGUAAUCUACAUUUAGAGUAUUGAUUUAUUAUAAAACUGUAAGCUAACACCGAAAGAGUCAUGUCGGAACAAAACGUAGCCGCUGGAUCGCCCGUCGCCUCCGCUACUGCCAUCGAGGAACGUUCGGCUAGCAUUGCUCCAGGCUCCGGAGCAUCUGCUGCUUCUGAAGAGAAGGAGAAGGUGUACGGAGGCUGCGAGGGCCCCGACGCCAUGUACGUGAAGCUGGUCUCCUCAGACGGGCACGAGUUCAUCGUGAAGCGGGAGCAUGCGCUGACGUCCGGCACGAUCAAGGCUAUGCUCAGCGGGCCCGGACAGUUUGCAGAGAAUGAGGCCAACGAAGUCAACUUUAGGGAGAUUCCAUCCCACGUACUCCAGAAGGUGUGCAUGUACUUCACGUACAAGGUGCGCUACACGAACUCCUCCACCGAGAUCCCGGAGUUCCCGAUCGCGCCCGAGAUCGCCCUGGAGCUACUCAUGGCGGCCAACUUCCUCGACUGCUGAGCUGCCCAAUUAUAUCUACACACGGUGGCGAAGCGGC